AUGUCUUUCGGUAAAAUAAUUGUCACGGUGGGAAUGAUCACGUUAUUCCAUGCUGCCUACUCAGCUGCGCAGCACAGAUCCUACCUGAGAAUGACCGAACAGGAAUUCACUAAUCUACCAAUGGACAUUUUAAUCCAGACCCUGUUUGCUCUUGUACUGACAUGUUGUGGGGUCUGCAAAGUUGUCGGGUCAUUCAGGGAGAUCAGGGCAGUGGCAGAUUUAGAAAAUAGGACAUGGGACUCGAUGAAUUCGAGGACUUCUUUUUAUGUUUUUAAUCACAGGGGGAAGAAAUUGUUUUCUGAAGAGUGA